UUCAUAGGAGAUGGCUGUAAGUGAGAGGAGAAGCCGGGUCAACUAGUGGAGAGGUUUGCCGACAGAGACAAUGGGGAAUAGCCAUUGGUGGGAGUGAGGGGCGGAGCUUGGGUUGUCGCGAUCUAGUGAGGUCGAAUUGUCGCCUGCUGGUGGAAGUUAGUGGGUCGCAGUAAAGAUGCUACUUUUCUGUCCAGGCUGCGGGAAUGGGUUGAUCGUGGAGGAGGGACAACGCUGCCACCGCUUCGCUUGCAACACGUGCCCUUACGUGCACAACAUCACCCGGAAGGUAACGAAUCGGAAGUAUCCAAAGCUGAAGGAAGUGGAUGAUGUGCUUGGUGGAGCUGCUGCUUGGGAGAAUGUUGACUCUACUGCAGAACCUUGCCCCAAAUGUGAACAUCCUCGAGCCUACUUCAUGCAGCUUCAGACUCGAUCUGCCGACGAGCCUAUGACUACUUUCUACAAGUGCUGCAAUGCUCAGUGUGGGCAUCGAUGGCGGGACUAGUCCAGAAACCUGGUCCUGUUGGCUGACCAGCUGGAUGGAUAUGUGCUGUGCCCAAUAUCCUCCUGAUGCUGUUGUAUAUUAUGUAACAUAUGGGUUGUGGAAAUAAAUGGUGGAAAUCUUU